CAGUGUGGCAUUAGAUGCUCGCUCGAACUUUGAUUCGCGGCUUGGUAGUUGGUCUCAGCGGCACUAGCACUACUUGUUCUAGUUGUUUCACCUUCAAGCCGUUCAUUCCUGCUCGCUCCGGCAAAAUGGUCUGGACGACGCCUCUUCCUUCACACGCCAUGGGCGAUCAGAGGAGUAGCAAGAGUGAUGCCAUCUCGCACCUGGAGCACUUGUGCAACCUCAACAUCGAUACCGAGUCGCAGCACAUCCGCCUGUCGGGCAUCAUCUGCACGAUUGGCCCGGCCAGCCAGAAGGCGGAAAUGCUGGAGAAGAUGAUCGAGACCGGGAUGAACAUCGCGCGGCUCAACUUCUCGCACGGCUCGUACGAGUACCAUGGCAGCACGAUCGCCAACAUCCGGCAGGCCGCGGCCAGCUACAGCCAGAAGAUCGGCAUGGAGCACCCGCUGGCCAUCGCGCUCGACACCAAGGGCCCCGAGAUCAGAACCGGGCUGCUCGAGGGCGGCGGAUCGGCCGAGGUCGAGCUCGUCAAGGGACAGCAGAUCAGGCUGACCACGGACACCGCGCUGACCGACAAGGGCAACAAGGAGUGCGUGUUCGUCGACUACGCCAACAUCACCAAGGUCGUCAAGGUGGGCAGCAAGGUGUUCGUCGACGACGGCCUCAUCUCGCUCAUCGUUCAGCAAAUUGGCGACAAUUUCCUCGACUGCCUGGUGGAGAACGGUGGCCUGCUGGGCAGCCGCAAGGGCGUCAACCUGCCCGGCAUUCCCGUCGACCUUCCCGCCGUGUCCGAGAAGGACAAGAACGAUCUGCUGUUCGGCGUCGAACAGGGCGUCGACAUGAUCUUCGCCUCGUUCAUCCGCAACGCCGCCGCCCUCAAGGAAAUCCGGGAUAUCCUUGGCGAGAAGGGAAAGAAAAUCUUGAUCAUCUCCAAGAUCGAGAACCAGCAGGGCAUCCAGAAUCUGGACGAGAUUAUCGAAGCCUCCGACGGCAUCAUGGUGGCGCGUGGCGACCUUGGCAUCGAAAUCCCCCCUGAGAAAGUAUUCCUCGCGCAGAAGUGCAUGAUCGCGCGCUGCAACAAGAUGGGCAAGCCGGUGAUCUGCGCGACGCAGAUGCUUGAGUCGAUGGUGAAGAAGCCGCGUCCGACCCGCGCCGAGGGCUCCGACGUUGCGAACGCGAUCCUGGACGGCGCCGACUGCGUGAUGCUGUCCGGCGAGACGGCCAAGGGCGACUACCCGCUCGAGUGCGUGUCCACCAUGGCCAACAUAUCGCGAGAGGCCGAGGCUGUGCUGUACCACAAGCAGCUGUUCAUCGACCUGAACAGCUUGGUCACCCUGCCGCUCGACUCGACGCACACGACCGCCAUCGCCGCCGUCGAGGCGUCCGGCAAGUGCCAGGCCAAGGCCAUCAUCGUCAUCACCACGUCCGGCCGCUCCGCCCACCUCAUGUCCAAGUACAGGCCCAGGUGUCCCAUCAUCGCGGUCACCAGGUACGCCCAGGUGGCCAGGCAGUGUCACCUUUACCGCGGCAUCCUGCCCCUCAUCUACGGAGCAGUUGAGGCCCUGCCCGACUGGAUCAAGGACGUGGACGCCCGCGUGCAGUUUGGAAUCCAGUUCGGCCAGAGGAGCAACUUCAUCCAGAAGGGCGACGCCGUGGUGGUCGUGACCGGCUGGCGACAGGGCUCCGGCUUCACCAACACCAUGCGCAUUGUGUAUGUAGAAUGAGCAGUUCUCAUUUCGCACAGCCUCAUUUUUGUAACUCGUUGAGCAAAGCAAAAAUUAAAAAAAAAUUAAAAGGGAGUUACGUGUCUGUAGCGUAGGUGGAGGUGUUUACAAAUUAUUUUAUUGUUAAUAUAAUAUAUUAUGUAUAUCAUCUCGGGGCUCAUGGGCUGAUUUCUCUAGUCUCUUCUGCCCGUCAAUAUUUUUAGUCCAAAUUAAGCUAGUCUGCGCUAACAGGGUUGUGUUUUGUCGUGUGGCUUGGCCCGAUCCAAUGUUUUGCCUGAUUUUUUUUUGUUUCGUUUCGAGUGUGGUUGUGAUGCAAGCAAAAUUUGAACUUUGCCGCAGGUGGUAGCAAGUUACCUUUGUGAAAUGCAUGUUGUGAUGGCUGCGGUGGUUUGAAUUCCGCAAAGGCACCAACUGACUGGUCCGCGUGCCAUUCUCUCUCCUUUCUAACCAAGAUUAGCUAAUCCCGCGCAUUUGUGGACAUUUUUAUGUUUUCUCUCUUUUUUUGUUUCAGUAUUGUCGAAUGAACUGUCGGCGAUGCGGCUACUAAAUUAUCCUCUCCUACUUAGACAGCAAAAUUUAAUCGCCCUCGUUCGUUUUCGUGUGCUCUUCUUGCACGCUCUCUUAUUUAACUCAAAAAAACAACCAAAAUCAACUGCUACGAUCAUCCAAGACCAGUAUUCCUGUCGUGCUGUGACUGAAAAAUUAAUCCCCCUCCCCCCAGUGUCAGACCCAAGCAGGUUUGCUGGUUUUGUUUCUUAACCGACUUACUUCCUCCCUCAUUAAUUUGUCGUGAACCCCCUGCUUUCCGUUUGUUCGUGUCAUCACCUGCAAUAUAGGAAACGCAGAGCUUUUCGUUUCUCAUUGCGUCAGGGAAAGGCUCUGCGGACGUGCCUCGGAGGUAGACAAACGUUUAAAAUAAUUAAAUAUCCCACCUAGUAGAAUGCCCCUCUUCCCCUUCAUCUCAUCAACGCGUCGAAUUUAUUGAUUAGAUUAUUUUGUGCUGUCCCAAUAGUGGGGACAUAAAGCGUUUAAUGUGUGAUUGUAAGUUGGCUUUGAAAAAGUAGUCUGAAUCCCAAGUGAAACUGAUGCAGGAUUGGAACCGUGAUGAUGAGCGUUGUGUUAGUAAAUUUUCCUCUCUGUGCUCGCAGUUUAAUAACAAACUGUAUUAAUGGUGAAAUUCUGGUUCUCUAGUGAGAAUAAAGCAAAGUGUUACUCGACAAA